UCUGGAUUGUGCAAAGGAAGUUUGGAUGUGAUUCUUGUUACUAACCAGCUUUUGUCCACACUGAGUCUCCACAGCAUGGAAAUAUAACCACUGGCAUGACUAACUCUGAUAUCACAAUAAAACACAAGCGUGAGCGUUGUUACAGACGGUGUCCGGUGUGUUCAGGUUCCAUCGGAGGCCGAAUCAUUUAUUUUUACAUCAUGAUUUAUAUAUGUUUACAUACCAUUGAAUUUAAACUGAGGGCUUCUUACUGCCCCCUGGUGGUGGAUGACGCCACAUAAACACCCGCAUCAACAAACGUUGCCAUGGCAUUUUAAUAAUAAAAGUGGGACCUUGUGUCUCGUUGCCUGGAGACGACAGGGGAACUUGUUGCUAUAGGAGAUAAACCAGCACGCGCCGGCUGUGGGAACAUAAGAGAAACUCUGUCGCAGGAUGUCUUCACUCCCUGCGAAGCCCGGCCUUCGCCUCAGUGUGUCCGAGUGGCACAGCAGCAACCAGCAGCUGUCGGCCACAGCCGGACACGAGAGAAGUGUUUCCAAUGGGAUCCGACAAGAGGGGAGGUCACUACGCAACGAGACCUGCUGCACGACCACCUGGGAUGAGAGUGACACCUCCCGCAGGUUGAGUGACCGGGUUUGGGACGUGGCUCGAUGGAAGGAAGCCUUGGAGACCUGUGCACGGAAAGUGGAUGAAGAGAUGGAGGCUCUGACCCUGUGUAAAGAGCAGACUGAGCAGGCCUUGGCUGCGACUGCCGUUCCCUUGGAGGUCAGUACCGAGUGUGUGACGCUGAGGGAGGGACGCCGAGGCUCCGAGCUGGUCAUUGACCCCGUGGACGAGCAGCUGAAGAAGGAAGUGCAGCUGAUCGGUCGAGUGCAGCAGGUUCUGCAGCAGCACAUCGACAAGGCCUUCGAACAACUGUGCGUUUUGCAGGAGGCUCGACAUCAGCUGACCGCUGACCUCCAGAACAAGAUGGACGCCCUGGACAUUGACAUGUCCUGUCUGACACUGACCAUAAAGUCCCCUGAGAUCUCCCUGAAGACAAACCCCACUCGCAUUCCAUCAGGCUCCUCCACCCCUCAGGAGUGGGCCCAGUUCAGCCAGUAUAACGUCCUUCAGGCUCAGGAGGCCAUGCAGGUGUCCCAGCACAUGAGGGAGGACACGAGUCUCACCAGAGCUCAGCUGCAGAACGAGUUAGCGGUUCAGUGGCGGGCAACAGAGUUCGUUCUCCGCAAACGCAAUCACGAUGAGGAGCAGGCCCGCGACCAGCUGCAGUGGCAAAUUGGAAAUACUGAAGAUGAAAUGAUAGAGAUGGAAGACGACAUCAAGGGACUGGACUUGGAUCUGCAGGCAAAGACGAGCAAUCUGAAACUGGCUCACACCCGACUGGAGAACAGGACCAACAGAGCUGGGAUGGACCUGUGCAGAGACGAGGUCCAACACGGUCUUGUUAAUGAAGUCCAUCAGCUGAAGGCCACGAUCACAGCUCUGAAUCAAAAGCUGUCAGAGGCGCAAAAGUCUCUGCAGAAGAUGAAGCUGCAUCACGCCCGCAUGCUGGAGGAUCUCUCCAGGAAACAGGAAGCUCUGUCUCUGGAACAACGAAGCAUGAACACCCGCUCACACCUGACGUCGGCCUCCUGCUCCGGUAAAUCCCCGGUGCUGCUGGUCCCGCUCACCAACUCCAGCGGGAGGAGCAACCUGCAGCUGCUGGCUCAGUGAGAAGAGGGCGUCCAUGUUUCUGAAGGGAAGGGAAUCAACUUAGAAAACACUUAAUUUGUAGCUUUGACUUCACGUUUUAACACUUAGCAAACAACAGAGAGCGCUGCCACACUUAAAGCAACACUGUGUAACUUUUACUAAACAACAGGAUUUUAACUAAGUCUUUUUAAACGUAGAAUAUAUAACAAAACAACAACAAAAGACCUUGUUUGAUGACGUUGCGAAGCAGCAGAGAAUCAUGGCAGUGAACAUCGACCCGACGUGACUCAGGCACCGAACAUGUUCACGGAUAAGGGAAUGUUGUAAAGUUGGCAAUAAAUAAUCGUGAUCCAUUACCAGUGAACCAAAACAAACAGUGGCCGGAAAAAACUGGCGACUGAACAACUGUGUGUUUUUCCUUCAUCAUGCAUCGUUCCCCCUGGAAGUUUGUAGCAGAGACAUUGAAUACAACUGGGGAUUUCUCCUACUAAAUGAAAUUUAUGAUGAAUAAUCAUCAACCCAAUAAGUUCUUACUAAAUCUUAGUAUUUUAAUACGACCUGUCCUCGUCUUUCAGAAACGUUCCCCUGACCUGUUUUAACCUGGUUUUGUUUGUAUGUAAUUUACUUCUAGUUGUGAUCAAUUAUGUGUUUUAUGUGUGUUUGCUUAACUUUAACAAGAAAUUACAGAUAUUCAGGCCUCGAUGAAACAUUAACGUAUAUUAGAGAUAUUUCUGGCAUCUGAAAAGUACUUUAACUGAAGCUCCUCACGUUCUCGUCUGGUCGUCUCUACUUUAAUCGACCAUUAGCUUGAAUGGCUUUGUUUUGCUUCAUCGUGCUGUUUGAUGAACUGAAUGAAGACGGCGAUAAUGAUGUGAAGUCUCACUCAGGCAGUGAACACGGUUUAGAUAAAAAAUCUGGUAAACAGGCACCAAGCCGGGUCUGUAGUCAAUAAACGCUCGUAACUCUCA